CCAUCUUAUGACUUGUUUUCCCUUGGUGCCUUUCUCCCUUUCUAAACAGUAAUGUACCUGUGACAGUAAAAUGAAACAAAGGAAAACACCUUACAAUCAACAACAGCAAUAAUGUAAAAUCAUCACUGACUCUUCUGUCUUAUAUAUGGAAGAUAAAACAGCAGAGAUUGUAACAAGCAAUACAAUCUUUGACAAAAUCAAGGAUGAACACACUGUAUCUUCUUUAUCCACAAACAGGUGUUUGUCAUUGUUUCAUCACAGCUGUUUUAUUGGAGUUGUUUUAUCUCUUAAAAGAAAACAACUAUAUAUUUUACAACAUAGAAAAGUAGAAUUUAACUGUCUUAGAUUGCACUGCAAGAUGUAACCAGGUGUAUUCUAUCAACAUCUGUUAAAACCAGGUAGGACAGUUUUUCUUUAUCUCUUCCAUGACCCAUCCUCCCUCCAGGAGAUAUCUUCUGUUAAUGGCCCAUUUAGCCUCCCCGCAUGACUGAUAAGAUUACACCAUCCCAUUGGGAGAUGCUCUGCCCAGGGGGAGGAGCCAAGCAUUCCCACCUGGAUAUAAUCUGAGCCCUGGAGUACCACAGGCAGCCUUUUUCCACUGGAUUCCCAGAGGAGGACUGGACACUUCUACGCCACCACUGGAUCUUCAGAGGGAAACUUCACCCAUCUACAGGAUCAGUGCUACAACAGAACCACACCUGUCACUGCUGGAGAGCUGCAGCCACCAUUUAUUUGGACUGCUGCCAGUACCCUGACCCACAAGGUGUCAGUUUGUAUUCUGCCUUUGUCUGCUUGAGCAGUAAUUUUUUUUUUUUUUGUGAGUGAAUUAUUUCUAAACUUUAAAGAACUGCUGCAGUUAAGAUUAUAGGAUCUAGUUAAGAACUUAAAAUUAAUUGCUGCAAAUAAUCUUGUGAGAAGAGGAGAGCUACGGGCCAGGGUAGCAAGAUGGCAUCUAUGGAGCCUGGGAAGCAGCACAUCCCCAGAGUGGCAAAGGUGAAAAACAAGGCACCUGCUGAAGUUCAAAUCACAGCAGAGCAGCUUCUGAGAGAGGCAAAGGAGAGGGAACUCGAGCUUCUCCCACCACCUCCGCAGCAGAUUAUCACAGAUGUUGAAGAGCUAAAUGAUUAUAAACUCAGGAAGAGGAAGGCUUUUGAAGAUAACAUAAGAAAGAACAGGACUGUUAUCAGUAACUGGAUAAAGUAUGCACAAUGGGAGGAAAGCCUGAAGGAAAUCCAGAGAGCCCGUUCCAUUUACGAGCGUGCCCUGGACGUGGACUACAGGAGUGUCACCCUCUGGCUGAAGUAUGCUGAGAUGGAGAUGAAGAACCGCCAGGUCAACCACGCCAGGAACAUCUGGGACCGGGCCGUCACCACCCUACCUGGGGUGAGCCAGUUCUGGUACAAGUACACGUACAUGGAGGAGAUGCUGGGGAAUGUUGCUGGGUCACGCCAGGUGUUUGAACGGUGGAUAGAGUGGCAGCCAGAGGAGCAAGCCUGGCAUUCCUACAUCAACUUCGAGCUCAGAUACAAAGAGGUGGACAGAGCACGAAGCAUUUAUGAGAGAUUUGUCCUUGUUCACCCCAGUGUGAAGAACUGGAUCCGGUAUGCCCGCUUUGAGGAGAAGCACAGCUACUUAGCCCAUGCCAGGAAGGUGUAUGAGAGGGCAGUGGAGUUCUUUGGGGAGGAGCACAUGGAUGAGCACUUGUAUGUGGCAUUUGCCAAGUUUGAGGAGAACCAGAAAGAAUUUGAAAGAGUGAGGAUUAUUUACAAGUAUGCCUUGGAUAGAAUUCCAAAGCAGGAUGUCCAGGAUCUCCUCAAGAAUUACACCAUCUUUGAGAAGAAGUUUGGAGACAGGAGGGGAAUUGAGGACACCAUUUUCAGCAAGAGGAGAUUCCAGUAUGAGGAGGAGGUGAAGGCAAACCCCCACAACUACGACGCGUGGUUCGACUACCUGCGACUGGUGGAGAGCGACAUGGACGCCGAGACCGUGCGGGAGGUGUACGAGAGAGCCAUCGCCAACGUGCCCCCCAUCCAGGAGAAACGCCUCUGGAAGAGGUACAUCUACCUCUGGAUUAACUAUGCACUCUAUGAGGAACUGGAGGCAAAGGAUGCAGAGCGAACCAGACAGGUGUACCAGGCAUGCCUUGAGCUCGUGCCCCAUGAGAGGUUUACACUUGCCAAGAUGUGGCUGCUGUAUGCACAGUUUGAAAUUCGCCAGAAAAACCUCCUGCUUGCCAGAAGGGCUUUGGGGACAUCCAUAGGUAAAUGUCCAAAAACCAAACUGUUUAAAGGUUACAUUGAGCUGGAGUUACAGCUGCGUGAAUUUGACCGUUGCCGAAAGUUGUAUGAAAAAUUCCUGCAGUUUGCACCAGAAAACUGCACGUCCUGGAUUAAAUUUGCUGAGCUAGAAACCAUCCUUGGGGACAUUGACCGUGCCAGGGCCAUCUACGAGCUGGCUAUUGACCAGCCCCGGCUGGACAUGCCGGAGGUGCUUUGGAAAUCCUACAUUGACUUUGAGAUGGAGCAAGAGGAGUUUGAGAGGAUCAGGAGGCUUUACCGGCGGCUGCUGCAGCGCACACAGCACAGCAAGGUGUGGAUCAGCCUGGCCCAGUUUGAGCUGUUGGUGGGUCAGGAGGAGAGGCUGCAGCGCUGCCGGCAGGUCUACAGGGAGGCCAACGAGGCCAUGGGCAGCUGCAAGGACAAGGAGGAGAGGGCCAUGCUUCUCGAGUCCUGGAGGAGCUUCGAGGAGGGGCAUGGCACCCCUGCCACUAAGGAGAGGAUACAUAAACUGAUGCCUGAGAGAAUAAAGAAGAGGAGAAAGCUGCAGGCUGAAGAUGGGUCUGAUGCUGGAUGGGAGGAGUACUGUGAUUAUAUUUUCCCAGAAGAUGCUGCCAAUCAGCCCAACCUCAAACUCCUGGCUAUGGCAAAGCUCUGGAAGAAGCAGCAGCAGGAGAGCGAAGUGGCAGCCAUGGAUCCCGACAAGGACAUUGAUGAAAGCCAGACUUAAUAGCUUGUUUUUUUCCCACCCCUUUCCUGGGCCAUGGUAUAGUAUUUUCAUUGGUGAUAAGUAAAUGUAUUUGGAGAGGCUUUU